AUGGCCGCCAACUACAAGAGCUGCCCGCUAAAGAAGCGCCCCAUUGUCUUCGUGGAGGAGCUGCCGCAAACGGAGGCCUUGGCAUUGACCAAGAGCUCACAGUUUGCACCAGUGCAGCAACAACAACAAUACCAGGAGGAGCAGCCACAGGAUCUGUCGCUCAAGCGUAAAGCUUGUGAUAUUGAUUUUGAGGAUUAUGAGCUGCCCGCCAAGCGUGAAUAUGUGCUGAAUCUGUCGAAGACGCCACUGACACCACGGCGCGCCAGCUCGCCGCUCAGCUCCGCUCUGCUCUCGCCGCCCGCAGAGCCCAACAGCCAGGAUUACCAGCCCACUGAUAUACACAUGCGCGGUCUGACAGCAGCCACUGCCGGCUACACAACGAAUCCGUAUCAAUCGGCCUUUGUGCUGGCCGCUGGCUGCAAUCCGAUCUCGGCGCUAUGGAAUAGCUAUCAGCCACAUCUGAAUGCCGCCGCAUUCCCAUCGCCUGCCAGUUCAUUGGCCUCGCCGCAUUCGGUCUACAGCUAUCAGCAGAUGACGCCGCCAUCGAGCCCUGGCUCGGAUGCCAGCUCCGAGCCAGAGGAUCUCUCUGUGCGCAAUGACAUUCCGCUGCCAGCGCUGUUCCACCUCUUCGACGAGGCACGCAGCAGCACAGGCAGCCAGAACAGCAGCAGCAGCAACAGCGUCGCCAACUACUCCUAUGCCGCCAGCAUCAGCUCCGGCUCGAGCAGCAACAACACCAGUGUCUCAGCCGCUGCUAAAAACUAUCGCUACAAAUGCGAUAACUGCCAGAAGAUGUACUCAACCUCGAUGGGAUUGUCCAAGCAUCGCCAGUUCCAUUGCCCAGCCGCCGAGUGCAACCAGGAGAAGAAGCAGCAUUCGUGCGAAGAGUGCGGCAAGCUCUAUACCACAGUGGGCGCCCUCAAGAUGCACAUACGCACCCACACGCUGCCCUGCAAGUGCCCCAUCUGCGGCAAGGCCUUCUCGCGACCAUGGCUGCUGCAGGGACACAUCCGCACGCACACGGGCGAGAAGCCCUUCCAGUGCCCCGACUGUCCGCGCUCCUUUGCCGAUCGCUCCAAUCUGCGUGCCCACCAGCAGACGCACGUCGACGUGAAGAAGUACGCCUGCCAGGUGUGCCACAAGUCCUUCUCGCGCAUGUCGCUGCUCAACAAGCACACCAGCUCCAAUUGCACUAUUACAAUUGUCUAG